AAUGGGGGAAUAAGCAGCUCUCCGGCUUCUCUGAAAGCUACAGCCCCUUUUUUAAUGUUUCCAACUUCCUGGGAUGUUUCACUUGCUUUCCAUCUGACUCCUCCUACUGUGUGGUCGGCAGGGCAGCUGCAGCCUGCAGGGUAAGGAAGUUUGUGCAAGCUACAGAGGCAACAACAAGCUCGUAACAUGUCAGCGUACUGAAAAGUAAAUGCGGUAUGUGAGCCCAGGGCACAUCUUGCUGGUACAGGACCUGUUGUCCUGAACGCUCGGGACCAAGGGAAUUCUGGAUAAGGGGUCUUUCCGUAAUUUGGAUCUUCAUAUCUUAAAGGAGAAAGAAAGCAGGGCCUCAAUGACAGAGCUUCUCUCCUUAAAAGGAUAUGAGGUGGUUGAGGAGGAUAGUGAAGUUAAGGAUGCUACGCAUGUCCUGUGUUGUCCUAGUCCUCCUCCUUCUCUUUCUGGGGGCUCUGACUGCAUUACUUCCUGCUACAAAUGAAGAUGCUGUGGUGGGUGUCCGGCGUGGGAUACCCCUCUCUGCUGUGUCCCCCAAAGACGUCUUUACACUCAUCAUGCAGACCUAUAACAGGACAGACCUACUGCUGAAGAUGCUCAACCAUUAUCAAGCCAUGCCAGGCCUUAGCCAUGUGAUAGUGGUAUGGAAUAAUGUUGGCCAGGAUACCCCUCAGGAGCUGUGGGAAUCUUUUGGUCCUCAUCCAGUACCUGUCACCUUCAAAAAACAGAAGGUCAAUCUCAUGAGGAAUAGACUGCAGAGCUUCCCAGAGAUUCAAACCCAGGCUGUUUUAAUGAUGGAUGAUGACACCCUAGUCAGCGCUUAUGAUAUUUCAUUUGCCUUCUCUAUCUGGCAGCAAUUUCCCGAUCGCAUUGUAGGAUUUGUGCCCCGGAAGCAUGUGUCCUCCCCCUCUGGUAUUUAUAGCUACGGUAGCUUUGAAUUAAAGGCACCACAUACAGAAACUGGAGAUAUGUACUCUAUGAUACUCAUUGGAGCUGCCUUUUUUCACUCGGACUAUCUGCGUCUCUUUGAGCAGCUGCCUGCCUCCGUCCAUAACAUGAUAGAUCAAACACAGAACUGUGAUGAUAUCGCUAUGAAUUUUAUGGUGGCCAAUCACUUGGGGAAAGCCUCUGGUGUACUUGUCAAACCCACAGAUAUGAGGAAUCUGGAAAAAGAAGCAGGAAGUGGGUAUACAGGCAUGUGGCACCGAGCUGAACAUCUCCUGCAGAGAUCCUUUUGUCUGAACAAGCUGGCCGAGAUUUACAGCACAAUGCCCUUGAAAUAUUCCAGCAUUAUGAUCUCACAGUUUGGCUUCCCCAACUAUGCCAACCACAAAUCUAAGAUAUAAUGUGUAAUAUUCAAAACAUUAUUGCUCCCAUGUGGGUCUUACAAUUUUUGGACUUUUUGGGAUCAAAAUAUACUAAUACAGAGACUUGUACAAACCUGAACUCUUAUUGGUUUACUCAGAUAGAGAUCAAAUGUGUUGAGCUGUUUUAGGAGGAUUCUUGCUUUUUGUUUUUGUGUGUUCAGUAAGAUCAAGAAAUAGAAUGUUAAUUUUUGGGAUUUUGCUUGUUUCCUAAGUUCUCUUGGUGCAAAAAUCAGUUUUUUAGGGAUAGCUAAACAACACUGCAAGACUCUCUUCCAGUUAACUAAAACAAAUAAAACGUUUUUAUUUCAAA